AUGAAAAAAUCAAAUAAAAAAACUUAUCCAUCAUCAACAACAUGUUCAACAAAUUCUACAAUUAAUCCAAAUGGAAUAAAUUCAAUAAAUGAAUUAGAAUUCUUAAGUUCAUAUAGUCAUGAACAAGUUCAUAUAUAUGAUAAAAAUAAUUCAAGUAUAUCAUCUUGUUGUGAAAUAGCAUAUUGUACAUCAGAAGGUAUAACAAUAUGUUUACCAGAAAGAUUUCAACGUGAAUUAUCAUCGUCAAUAAAUAUAUCAUCAUCAUUAUCAUCAAUGAUUAUAAAUCGAAUAAUAUAUCCAUAUGAAACAAAUGAUCAAACAAAUUCAAUAUCAAUUAAUUCAACAUCAUAUAUAUUAUUUGAAUUAAUUAAAAAAAAAUAUUUAUCAAAUCUAUAUCAAUCAUAUAAACAUCGUCCAAUAUCAUUAUCAUCAUUUGAUCGUUUAAUAUCAUUUGAUACAAUUAAAUAUAAAGGUUUUCGUCGAUGUUUAUUUUCUCCAUAUGAUAUACGUUUAAAUCAUGGUCAAACAAUAUUAGCAACAAUAACAUCUGCACAUGAAGUUUUUAUUUAUGAUAUUAUAUCAUUAUCAAAAUUAUUUUUUCAUUCACAAUCAUCUUAUUUAAUUAUUGAUUUAACUAAAUAUUUAUUUGAUAAUAUUAAUAUUGAAAAUUAUUUAAUUGAUUCAAAUAAUCCAUUAGAUUAUCGUUUACUUUAUUUUCAUUUAACAUCACAUAUUUUAUGGAAUAAAACAGGAACAUUAUUUUUUCAAUUACAAUAUUCAGGUCAUAUUAUUAUUUGGAAAUUUAAUCCAAUAACAAUAUUAAAUGAUAAACCAUUAGCUAUUAUUGAUACAUUUAUAUCAAAACCAUUAUCUAUAUCAUGGAAUGAAAUAUCUCAAAUAUUAUUAAUUAAUGGUAAAGAAAAUCAACGUGUUUUAAUUAAAUUAGAUCAAAUGAAAUUAUUUAAUAUUAAUAUUCAACAUAAUGAUUAUAUGAAUGCUGAACAUUCGAUUUUAUUUCAAUUAGAUCAAUAUACACUUAUAUUAAUUGAAAGUAAAAUUAAUUAUUGUUUUAUUUAUACCAUUUCAAUUCAAGAUAAUCAGUGUUCAAGUUAUGAUUGUAAUGAAAUUGAUUGUCGUCAAUAUCCUUCAUGUAUAAUUGGUUUUCAAGAAGAAGAACGUAAUUCAUCAGAAAAUCUUAUAUCAAUUAUUGUUGGUUGUGAAGAUGGUACAAUACAUUCUCUUAUAAUAUCACGUCAAUUACCAAUAAAAAUAAUCGAUAUGAAAUUAAUUGUUAAUGGUCAAAUAAAAUCAUGUACUCGUAAACCAAUAUUAUUACGUGAUUUUAAUUUAUCAACAAAUGAAUAUAUUCUUGCACGAAUAUAUUAUUCUCCAAUAGUUGCACCUAAUGUUAAAUUUGGUUUUGUACAUUGUCAAUUACAUCGUUGGUUAUUAAAUAAAAUAAAUACAUUCGAUGAUAUAAUUGAACAUUUUUUAAAACAAAUUGAUAUACCAUUAUGGCGUUCAUCAGAUGAACUUGCUAUUUUAUUUAAUCAAAUUAAACAUUAUAAAAAUACUAAUAAUAAUAAUAAUAAUUAUCAAAUAAAAAAAAAAGAAAAAGAAAAUAAUAAUUAUAUUUAUUUACAACGAUUAUGUCGUUUAUAUAGUUUAUUAAAUAAUAAAAAAGAAUUAGAAUUAAAUGAAAAUAAAUUAUUAGAAUAUUAUCGUAAUAAAUUAUCAAAUAUAUUAAUAUCUCUUUUUUCAAAUAAUAUUGAUAAACUUUCUAAUAUUGAAUUAAUUAUAUAUAAAAUAUGUACUAAUGAUGAAGAUAUAGAUUUAUCAAAUUUAUUUAUGUGUCCAUUAUGUAAUAAUUCAUUAACAAUAAUAAAAGAUGAUCUAUUAUAUAGUAAAUGUUCAAAUAAACAUAUUUGGCCUCGAUGUUGUCGAACACUUAUACCAUUAAGUUUCGAUUCUAGUCAAACAUGUUCAUUAUGUGAUAGAACAAUAACUUUUAUUCAAACAAAUGAUCAAAAUUAUAUCAAUUUUUUACAAUAUAAAAAUACACAAUUGGACUUUUUCUUUUCAUCUAUAUGUACUUUUUGUAUGUAA